AUGGCGGAUCCACUGGUCGCUUCGUCUCUGAAUAUGUCCUCCGCUACCGACGCAUCGGCGCCGAAACAAUCGACGUCGAAGGCCAAAUCCGUUUCCGAUACCGACAGAUCGAAAUUGAAAUGUAAGGUACCAAACGUUCCUUCCACAGCGUCUACCCCUGCUAAAAAGGCCAAGAAGUCCAAGCCUGCGGUGGCGACGCACACGGUGGUCAAGGCUGCGAAGCAUGCUAAGAAGGACUUGGGCUCUGUGCCAGCAGUCCCUGCUCUCCCGCCACCGUCGACUACUUCAAUACCGACUGGUUCUACACCGAAUGACUCGAUACCGGUGAACCAGGUCGUGUCUCAGGCUACCGUACUUGUGCUGGUUUCUCCAGACCAUCAGGUGGAGACAGCCUUGUCCGAUGUCGACCAAAUGGAUCUCGUAAGUCACCAGUUGGGUGCGGAGUUUUCCCCUGGUCCAACGAGCUCGUCGGCUUCGAUCGUCUCAGAGCUGCCCGACACCGAUGGCCUUCGGCAUCGACACUCAAGAUCCAGUGCGGAGCGUCCGCCUCCCUGUUUAUUGCCUGAGUCUGUCGAUAUCGACGCCUUUGAUUGUAGAAGAGGCACAACCGAGACUGUCAGCCUCCAACAGUUAAGCUUAGUGCCUGUUUCUGCUGUUCACCAAGGCAGGAUGCUCAAGGACAGCAGCCCAGGUGACGGCUUUGAAGGUCAGGAUCCACUCUCAUUGCUAGAAAAUCUUCAGCCUCUCUUAGCAAAGAAAGAAAUGGAAAAGCUCAGGGAAGAAAUCUGGUUGGCCUUUGCAACCCUCAAAGAGCCAUUGGAGUGGCUACUGGAUGUGCUGGAGGCCAGCAGUGAUUGGAAAGGGAAAGGGCAUUCCUUGGCACACCACAUUGCCCAUGAAUUACAGUUCUGGAUAAAGGAACAUCCUAAUUGCCAGUUGUCUGGCUUGAGGUUAAGGAAGCUUCAGUCCCGUGUGUUUCCCGUGCUUGCUCAGUGCCACAUCAGCCUGAUGGACUUGCUGAUCAGCAUCUAUCAGCUGCAUGCUGCAGAUCGCUGCCACCUUCUGGGCCACAUCAGCCACCUCCACCACAAGGACAAGUUCAAAGAGGCUGCCAUUUUAAGCAUAAAAUUGAAACUACAGCCAGACCUGGAGGUUGAGAAGAUGUGUGUUCCGUUGCUGCUUCAAGAUAAAAUGAACGUUGUUGAAUCAUAUGUGGAAGAAUACCCCAAUUUGCAGCAGCAGCUCCUGCGCCUGUUGGACUCGUGGUGUGAACCAGGCUUCAGGACUGAAACUGUCACAAGGCAGUAUCGAGGCUUGGCCAAUAUAAGGCCAGAGAAAGUCCAUCAUAAGAUGUUGAGCAAAUUGAUCUUCCGGUUCCUGGACAAGUAUAAUCUCGAUCCAGCCCUUUGCCCCAACGCCACCAACCAGCGUCACCUGGGAACUCUGAAAUACCUGUUCUACAAGAGGUUUGUUGAGAAAACCAUGACUCAGGAAAACUGGACCGAACAUGUUCAGAGCACCAUUGAGAACAAUCGGUGGCUGCAGGAACAGCUAGUCCAGCUGCUGGCCUCUUACCAUCACCUAAACGCUGCGGCCACUUGGGCUCUUCACUACAGCCUCCCUGAGGACACCCUGCCUUGCCAAGUGGCAGAUGAGCUGAAAGCCCUCAAAAGUCAAGAGAGAGAUGAUGUACUGAAGCAAAAAGUGGCCAACUGUGAGGAGUGGAAGAAGGAUCAUUAUUACCAGCUCUCCAUCCCCAGGGAAAAUGUCCUUUUCCUGUCAAAGUGGGAAGAGGUGCAGAAAUGCAAGGAACAUGUGCUUCAGCCCGGACAGGUCAUUGGGAUUGACAUGGAAUGGCGACCAUCAUUUGGUACUGUGGGGAAAAAAUCGCGAGUCUCGGUGGUCCAGAUGGCAGUUCAUGACCGGGUGUUCCUCUUGGACAUGUUGCAGCUCCUCAAGCAGGAUGGGAAGGAUGAGGAGGCUUUAUCCUCCUUCUUCCAGACCCUUUUUGCUGAUCCAACAAUCACUAAGUUAGGCUAUGGGGUGGCUGGAGACCUGCACAGCCUUGCACUUAGCUGCACUGCUUUUAAAGAUAUGGACAAGCAUCUCUGUGGAGUCCUGGACCUCUUGGCAGUACACAAACAACUACCCAAAUGCUCUGGGGUGAUAAAGAAGGGCUGCCGGAAGAUAGAUGCUUUACCUCUGGAGGAUGAGGAAGCACAGUGUGGCAUGCCACCGGAGAAGGGGCUUAGCUUGCUGGUGCAGCACGUCCUUGGGAAACCUCUUGACAAAACGGAGCAGCUGUCCAAUUGGGAGAAGAGGCCGCUAAGGGAAGGGCAGAUCCUUUAUGCAGCAUUGGAUGCUUACUGUUUGUUGGAGGUUUACACAAAAUUACAGCAAGAUCUGGCUGGCUUUGGCCUGAAUGUCAACAGUCUGGUGCUUCAUCCAAAGAAGGUGUGCACUGAAGUUAAGGCAAAGAAGCUGCCAAACAAGCAAAGGAUGCUACCAACUUGCAGUGAGAAGUCUGCAGCAAGCGUGGAAGAGACCACGAGCUCUUCAGUAUCUAUCUCGGUUCGAGACUUCCGCGUGGUCUGUGACAACAUGCUACAAGGCCUGGGGCGGUAUCUACGCUGCCUUGGAGUAGAUGUCCGGAUGCUUGAGAAUGAUGAUGAGCACAGGAAGGCAGCCAAGAUUGCCAUACAAGAAGACCGAGUAAUUCUUACCUCUGGGCUUCCAUAUCAGACGCUGCGUUCUCAGGUGGGAGAAGGAAGGUGUUGCUUGGUGGAUUGUUCGGAGAAGGCCAAGGAACAAGCUCUCUGGGUCCUGAAACACUUUCGUAUCCAGGUGACUUUGGCUGACGUCUUCAGUCGAUGCCAGGCUUGCAACUGCAAUCAGUACCUGAAGAUCUCCAAGGAGAAAAUGAUGCAGCUGAUGAAGCAGAGAGGCUUUUUGACAGAUGCAGAAGAAGCUGCAGGGGAAUUGUCAGAAAAUCCCAAUGUAAAUUUUGAGGCUGAAGAUCUCAAACUCAGCUCUGGGCGGCCUGUUUAUAGUCCAAACUGCCAGUGGCUGGAGGAGUCUGGCCUGGACACCGAGUCAGCACUGCUGCCCAAUGGUACAUCCCUGAAGAUCGAGGCCAUCCCCAUUGGGGUGCUCUCCAAAGAGGACUUGGCUUACUUCUACUGCUGCGGCCAGUGUGGCAAAGUUUUCUGGGAAGGGUCUCACUUUGGACGCGUGGUCUCCCAGUUCAAAGAAGUGCUGGGCCUCUCAGAAGACAGCCGGAGUUUCUAUGAGCAAAAUUAAACUGGCGUAGGCAGAGUGGCAGAAAGGGACAAACUUGUGGGCUUUUACCAUCAAGAGUUACCACAGACUAUAUUUUGGUUUUGAUCAGUGUUCAUGUGCGCAAAUAUGGCGGGGAGGGGGAGACUGGUUAUUGCAGGGUUCACUCUGCCGGGAUGUACAUGCUGUCAAAAAAAA